UACAGCUGGCUUAGGAACUCUAAAGAAACCUUCUUUGUGCUAGUGAAACAGGAGCGUUUGACACAAAUGGCUGUUCAGCUUUUCAGUUAUAUUCUCUCCAUUAUCGGAUUAUGCGGAUUAAUUCUAGCCACAAUUUCGAAUGAAUGGAAAAUCACAGGACACGAUAAUGAUGAAACUGUUUAUCAGGUCAAAUACGAAGGACUGUGGAUGAAGUGCCAUGCAGACCCCACCAUUCACAAUACAAAAUGCAUCAGUUACAUUUCCAUUUUUCAUCAAUUGGUAGAAAUCCAGGCGAGCAGAGCAGUAAUGCUCAUAAGCAUCGUCCUUUCAACAAUGGCUGCACUAGGGACCAUCUCUGGCCUCAGAUGCACAAGAUUUCUAGAUGGGAAUGAAGCGGUGAAGAACAAAGUUUCCUUCAUUGGGGGAAUCCUUUUCAUGCUUAGUGGUCUGCUUGCUGUGGCAAUAACUGUUUGGAUAAUGUAUAGAAUUGUUGAAGACUUCAAUGAGGAUGACAAGCGUGAGGACAGGUAUGUGAUCGGCAGAGCUCUGUAUGGAGCAUUGGCUGCAGCUCUGCUGUCUUUAAUCGGAGGCACACUUUUGUGUGUCUGCAGCAUAACACACCUGCGAUCUCACAAAAAGAUCUCCAAACAUCCGAUCUCCAACAGUUCUGGAAAAGACUAUGUUUAGGCACAAAAGACCAUCAGGGAAACUAAUCAUCAAUGUACACUACAGUUAUUUUUGGAUGAAUACCUUAGCAUCAUAUAGUUCAUGCAAAAAUUACAAUUCUGUCAUUAUUUACACAACCUUAUGUCAUUCCAAACCCUUAUAACUUUAUUUCUUCCAUUUCUUCCUCAGUCACCAUUCGCUUUCAUUGCGUCUUUUUUUUAUACAAUAAACAUGAAAGGUGUACUUAUUAGUUUAUGUUUUUCAUGUCAGCUCUUGAUAGAGCUGUGUGGUGACGUUAAAAGCCUGCAACAAGGGAAAAUGCUUGCUUUUCCCAAUGUGUUCAUGACUACAGUUUUUAUUUUACACUUAACAGACACUUACCAGACAGUGAUGGACCAUUUAAAUGAAUAUGAACAAAUGAAUAAUAACUUUGGUUAUAUCUUAUUCCUAUUUUUACUAACAUUUACUAACGUGUGGGUCUCCACCCUGAUCAUUUAACUUUGACCUUUGGGUCAGCUUAAUACUAGAAAACAAGAGGAAUGCUUGCUGAACUUACAGUUAAAAAAUGACCACAGAGGCAAAUAUCUGUCCACCGAUGGUCCCCAUCCAACCUGACAGAUCUUGAGAGGAUCUUCAGAGAAGUAUGGCAUAAAAUUCCCAAAUCCAGUUGUGCAAAGCUUGUCGCAUCAUACCCAAAAAGACUUGAUUCUGUAAUUGCUGCCAAAGGUGCUUC